AUGGAAGGUAAAAAGGCCGUAAUCAAGAAUGCUGACAUGUCCGAGGACAUGCAACAGGACGCCGUAGAUUGUGCUACACAGGCUCUUGAAAAAUACAACAUUGAAAAGGACAUUGCUGCCUUCAUCAAGAAGGAAUUCGACAAAAAGGCACAGCGAUUCUUUCUUGGUGUUGGCAAGUACACACCAAAUGUUGGGCUUGCUGGUGAAAUGGGAUGGAAGCCACCGAUAGUCCGUCAAUGGAAAUUUACUGCUUUGUAUUGGUCAAAGUUAGCAAAUAUGGAAGAGUCUAGAUUUACAAAACGCAUUGCACUCUGGGUAUAUAAUGAAGCUAAUUGUACAUGGUCCACCAUGGGAGACAAAAGGGUGUUCAUAAAAAGCGUUGAGAUGCCGGAGGAAAUGCAACAAAUUGCCAUAGAAAUUUCUAUACGAGCGAUCGAGAAAUUUAGAAUAGAGAAAGAUAUUGCCGCCUACAUCAAAAAUGAGUUUGACCGGAAGUUUGAACCAACGUGGCACUGCAUCGUAGGCAAAAAGUUCGGAAGUCUUGUGUCACAUGAACCCAACAAGUUCAUCUACUUCAACGUUGGACCUACAGCUGUCCUUUUAUUCAGACUUGACAAAAUGACUGACAGGAAAGCCGUUAUAAAAAAUGCUGAUAUGUCAGAAGACAUGCAAAAUGAUGCAGUCGAAUGUGCCACCCAGGCUCUUGAAAAAUACAACAUUGAAAAGGACAUUGCUGCCUACAUCAAGAAGGAAUUCGACAAAAA